AUGGUGUUCACACCGAAACCACGUUUUCAAGAAGCGUUUAAAAAAUCAUCCACAGCGAAGCUAGUGCUUCUAAGGUUCUUUCAAGAGGGGCGCUACACAAAAAAACCUAUUACUGAAAAUGUUGAUGAAGUCCUAUUGAAGAACAACGUUAAAAUUGUACAAGAUAACAAGUACUUUCCCUACCUCAUUAUGCCAUCAUAUUCGGACACUAACGUGAUCGCUAGAGGUCUGGUCAACGUAGAGUUCACCGUGGAACAAGUAUCGAAAAGUCAACUAGCACUGAUUUGCUCGGCGACUGGCGAACCACCAAUCUAA